AUGUUUUCAAUGGAUGGUAUGCGCACUGUAGCCAUAAAUCGAAUACUCAAAAGGCAAGAAAAGGACUUGGUAAUUAUCAAAACCGUUGCCAAGGAAAUCCUUCAGGACUCUGACCAUGUGAUGAAUAUCUUGCAGAAAUUUAAGGAUUGGUUCUUUCUAAAUGGUGAAAAGCUUUACCGUGCAUUAGUAUACCUGGAGACGCAGUUGACUUAUGGAUGUGCGAUGGACAUCUUUAGAGACUUCGGUCUGCAUUUGAAUGAUGAGAGCCUUCAUGUUUUGUACGAAAUCGUUGCACACUAUGGAGAUUUGACAUUCUCCUUUGCUAAUAUGAUGGCUCUAGCGGAAAACGUAAAAGCAGGUGAAAUUGCAACAAUAGGUGUUGACAAUGAAAUAGUCAAAUCUAAAUUCAUCGGCGUGGAUGUGUUUACGCUGAAUGGUUCAAUCCCGUACAAUCCACUUAAUAUGCACUUGGUACUAGACGAAGGAACGACUAUUCGCCAGCUGAUUCACCAUAUUAAGCAUAAUUUUGAUUGGCCUUCCAGAGACAUUAAAAUUUACGACAAUUCGUUGUGUGACGAAGAACUGAAUGAGGAUGCUGUAUUAAGCGAGAUAAAAAGCCAGAGAAAUUUGGGCACAACUGAUGUUCUUGAUCUUUACAUGGACUUUACAAUGGGAUACAUCGAUAAUCCACUGAUCUUCAGUGACGAGUAUUUUGAAACCAGGACCAUUGAUAAGGUGUUAGAUGCAUUGUGA